AUGGGUGAUCACAAUGGCCUCCACGCUCCUUACUGGAGACAAAUAAACUCCGGGCGGGUCUCGCCAUCGGAUCCUCGAGGAAGCAGAAGUUCGUCUGACUCCACACUAGUCGCAUGGUCUUGUACCUCAAACGACAGAGGUAGAAUAACGGAGUGGACGGAAAGCUACGAAUAUGGCCGACCCUCCGAAGAAGCAGCACAGAGCGACUCUAGGGAGGACAGCCCGAAGACGUCGAGCCAACGCGGACCAUUGAUAGUCAACACCUCUAAGGGCAGAUCGAGGCGCGGCUCAAGCGAAAACUACAAGUUGGGCUUCAUAUAUGGUUCACCGAGGGACCUGAACCCAGAAGCCGACGACUUCAAGAUAACGGAGGAUGAUUGGGCCCGCGAGAAGGCUCCAGACCGAAGAUUUGCUCCGGCAGCGGCCGCAUCCUCUGAGUCUCCCUUGGCGAAAGUGGAUGCCGCCAUGGAAGUUGGCCCUUCGAAGCAGCCUGCGAUUUCCGUCAAGCCCCCCAGCCAACCCAUGCUUCCGUAUCCCCCGGAAGUUGGCCCCUCGCAACAGCCUUCGAGUUCCUCCGAGGUCAACAAACCCACGCUUGCGCAUCCCAUCACAUUUGACCCUUCGACCCCGCUAGAUAAGCUCCCGUAUAUAGAUUACACCGAGACAACCACCUGCUGCGCCGCAAUCGGCCACUACCACUCGCGCCCCCAAUCCUCCAAGCCCACGCACAAGAUGAUGACCUCGCCCAACUUCACACUCGUCAUCCGCCUGCUGGGCCCUUUCGACAAGAACGGCCGCCAACCCGGCCUUAUCAUCCCGCAGACGAAACGCUUCACGAUCCGCGUCAUGGGGAAAGGGUUUAUGCCUGGUGAGCGGAAGGUGGAGAUCUGGAGGAACGGAGAGACAUAUCAACUUGCUGGUCUUAUUGCGGUGAUGGCGGAUGAGUGCGGGUGGUUUUUGGGGGAUACGAAGUUGAGGUGGAGUGGUGUUGGGUACGUGGGGAGGGAGACGAGUAGGAGUUUGGCGCUGAAGUGCGGGCUGGGAGUAGCUAGCUCUAGUGAUGGUGACGAAGCGGCGGGCGUGGUGGGCGAGCCGUAG